AGUUUGUCGUUGUGGUUGUGUGGGAUAGAGCGGAGAAGGUUUGUGAUCCCAUAGGGCAAAGGCCAGCAGCUGUGGCGAAUGAAAUGAUUGGUCAGUCGAUUGAGGGGCGGAGACUGAAAGGUUGAUUGGAAGUUGGUAUAGUUUGGGGGCUUGUGUAGUUGAGAGAUCUGCUUGAAGGAGAGAGACAAGAUCGUUUAGGUCCCAGGUGAUCGGCGAGGUAGGUGAUCUAGUUGUUAAUUACUGCGAGGACAAUGUGGUAGGAAGAUCUGACUGGGAUAUACAAACUUUCCGAGGGUCUGCCUCGAUCCUUAGAACUCACUCCGGGGGUAAUUUGUCCUGGAGAUUAGAUGGGAGAUACACAAGAAGCCUACACGGAAAAUGAGGCUGCCUCGGAGGCGAGGAUUUUUGUUUCCUUGACGCAUGAUUUAAAGCACAAGGAUGCUGUAUCCUUGCUUCGAGUGGCGGUUGAUGAUGAUGGAAGUGACACAGCAGAUAGCCCUUCUGAUCAUGAGACAAGAACACCGCUGCGGGUGGUGGUUGACGACGACGACGACUUCGACAACUACAACGGGGAGGAUAUUUCGGAUCAGGAGCGAGCGAAUUCGGAAGAGGAGCAUAAAGGAGAUUACCAGCAUGAGGAGGUAGAGGGCAAGGACUGUGGAGAAAAUCCUAUGGAAGAGCCAGUGGUUGAAGAGCCCGCUACGCUGUCUGGAUCACGCGUUGUCGCCCAUGUUACAGAUAGCAUGGCGGAUUCUGAUGCAGGGGAACAGUUAGCUUUUCCCGAAGAGCGCUAUGACGAGGAGAGCGAUGAGGAGUAUGAGGUAAGUAAUGAAGAUGACCUCAAGAAGUACGAAGAGAACAAUGGCGGAAUCUGUGAAGAGGUCUAUCGCGUAACCAACGCAGAGAUCCAUGAAGAUUUAGAUGAUGAUCGACAAGUGGAUUCAUAUAAGUCAAACGCGGAGAAUCAAGCAACGUUUCAUGUGCUGGGUGAUGGAGAAUCUCAUCAAGAGACCUAUGAAGAUCAACAGCGUAAGAGUAAUAUGGGUCAGCAGGAAGAUAAUCUAGAGAUAAAUCAACACCUCGAAGUGGAUGAGCCUCAAAACCCCUUCAAUCUUGCCAAGGAAGAACUUGAAGGUGAGAAGACCGAAGACGAAAAAGAGGUAAUCAGUAUGUAUGGGGUAUCACAGAUGGAAGGGAAUGGUGAGCAGCCAGCUUACCAUGAUGAGGCUCACGUGUCAGGGGAGGUGCGGCACGCAGCACAUUCGAAUGGUAAAAUUGCCAAGAAGAAAGGACAUGCUAAACCAAUCAACCCGGCACGAGGAAUUGUAACCGGAAAGAAGGCUCCUUCAGUUGCGGAACUGGGUAAACCAGCUAAACCAUCAACUACCUCUGUUCAACCUGCAUUGGAUGGAUCUUUGAAAACAAAACUUGCUGCGAUGGAGGAGGGAGAGACCUCGGAUAGUGUUCCCAAAUCAUCUGUCAGGGGCUCGCGUGCUAAGCUGACAAUUCCACAGCCUUUCCGUCUGGCAACGGAGAAGAGAGCGUCCUUGGGAGUACGUCCUGCGGAUGCAGAGACGACCAGGCCGCGUGCCACCAGUAACGUGGUCAAGAAGUCCCAUCCAGUGCCUACUACAAAGACCGCCGGGGCAACUGGCAGAAUCAUGGCUUUUCCUACGGAGAUCUCGAAAGAGGAUCAAGAGGCGCUAGAUACGUCGGAAAAAGACAAGGAGGCGAAAUUUGAAGAGGAACUCACUGUUCUCAGGAUAAAGUCCGGCAAUCCAUCCGGGUUUAGCUUCAAGAGUGACGAGCGGGCAGAGAAGCGACGAGAGUUUUACUCUAAAUUGGAAGAGAAGAUGAAAGCUAAGGAAGAAGAGAUGAGCCAGUCUCAGGCCAAGAGCCAGGAAGAGCUGGAGAAUAAGAUGAAGCAACUACGGAAGAGUCUUACUUUCAAGGCUACACCCCUUCCAAGCUUUUAUCAAGAGUCAGGACCACCGAAAGUUGAAGUGAAGAAAAUCCCCCCAACUCGGCCGAAAUCUCCUAAGCUCACAACUGCAAGAAGAGGCAGCCCGAGGGGAGAGCACGAUGGCUCAAAAUCUCCAGUGGCCAGGCUUAAGAGCGACCUAAAAAAUAGCUCUUUAGUUCUACAUCAGAAUUCUAUUGAUUUAGCAGACGAGAAGAAGGCAUCUAGAGUGAAAAAACCAGCGGCUAAAGCUUCGUCCAUGGACAAGAAUACAAUUUGCUUCAAGUCCAAUGGUGAUGUCAAGAAUGAAAAAAAAGCUAAAGCAGCGAAUGUUCUGCUCUCUUCUAAGAAAACACCUACACCAAAGAGUACAGAACUUCGUGCGAACAGAGUCGAGAGGCAGGAGCAGAUAGUUGACAAAGGAAGGAGCAUAAGUUCUAGACGUCUACGGACUAGGUUACCUUCUACCGAUCGUGCUACGAGUACUGCAGAAGAUAAAAUCAAAAGCCCCAAACCGUCUGGCGGAGUGGAGAAGGCAGCUUCAAAGGGCGGGGCUAGGAAACCAACGCAAGGACGAUCAAAACCCAACGACUCGACGACGCCUGUUUCCACACCCAAGCGCAGAAGAGGAGAAACUGAGGAUGUUGAGCUUGCAACUACUCUAUCAAGCAAAGACGAGCUGCUUCCAGUUUUGCCAGAUGUGGCAGUUGCAUAGGGGAAGCUUAUAUAUUGGUGUGAAGCUCAUGUUGAAGUUGUGAUGUAUACUUAGAGAGGUAGAAAGGUUGUUUAACUCAUUUUUGGUAAGUUUGAACAAUAUGGCUCAAACAACAGUUGAUUGAGUGGUGUUUUUGGUAACAUCGACGAAAUUAAUUUCUUUGUCUGUGCCAGCGAUUGCUCCUGUAUAGAUUUAAUUUACGUAGGCAUGCCAGGUGUGAUUGUGUAAAUGGGUAUUAAAGCCAUGUGAUACGUAUUACUAUUGAAAGAUAUGUGUUGCUUGUGACAUGCACUCUAAGUUGACGAGCA